AUUCUUGCUACCAACAGCCUGUUUCCUCAGAUGGACUCUUAAUCGACACACCACUCGGCACAUUGCUUUAGCCUUACCGCCGGCGUUCGUUUCAACAGAUCAAUACUCAGUUACUUGCACCUCUUCAUUCGACAUCUGCAUUUAACAAUUCCACAAAGUCAAACAUGGCCUUCGAAACAGUCCACGAAGCUACCGAGCUCACUGAGCAACAGCCUCGUAUCUCCCACGAGCAAACCAAAUCCGAUGCCGAUUACGACCCUUGCCAAACUGCCAAAAUAACCUCCCCUUUCUACCUUUACAAGCACGACUCUCCUCGACCCUCCUUCGAUGUCAGCAAAUCAACGCCUAGAUUGUCUCAACGGGACCUCGAAGCUGGCAUGAACGAUCUGUCACCGAGCGUAUCUCAAGAGAAGCGAGACGCGCAAAGUUCGGAAAACCGAAGAUCGCGAAUUCAGGACAAGAAGAAGCAAUGCUUGACAAAACCUAAACAACGUGGCUGUGCGUGGUUAAAGCAAUUGCCCCCCAGACAAAGGCUGAUGGUCAAGUUGUUGAUUGCCCUGGUCAUUAUUGGUGCUAUGGUGGGCCUCGCGGUGGGAAUCACAAUUGCGGUACAUGGUGGAGUCUACAAGAAUAACAAUCAGACUACAUCGAUCGGUUGAGUGGUUCAAUCUGAGAGGUUAAGAACGACGAUUUUUUUUCAUCAUUACCGAAGCAAGGAGUACGGAGUCCAUCAAGCGUACACGUUAUUGAAUAUG